GUUUACUUCCGGCGCAGAGCGGAAACUACAGCUGGGUUCUGGAGGUGACCGAAUGGCAGUGCAGAAUUGAGUAGCUUUCUGCAUUCUAAGCGGUAUUAUAGUUCUCUGUGGUUGGACGUUCAGCUGUUUUUGCAGUCAGAGGUGAUAUACUGCGUUGAGGAUGGGGUCUCAUCUCGUGCGGAGCUACAUCACGGAACCCGACGUGACACCGGACCCGCGGAAGCCGUCACAAUACGACCCGAAUCUGGGCUUCGGCGAGCGGAAAGAGAGAGAGAUGCUGGCGUCGCAGGAGCAGAUGAACAUGGCCAUGCUGCCGGUGGAGCAGAGAGAUUACUGCGCACACCACCUCCUCAAACUCAUGAAGUGCAAGAGAGACAACUUCCCCAACUUCCUGGCCUGCAAACACGAGAGGCACGACUGGGACUACUGCGAACACCAGGAUUAUGUGAUGAGGAUGAAAGAGUAUGAGCGAGAGAGAAGACUGAACUUGAGGAAGAAGAGGAUCGAGGCAAACGCUGCAUAAACACAAUCUCCCGCUUCACUUCCUCUAGUUUCUGUGUAUAUACAUGUCUCUCUCCAUAAUAAAGAUGAUCUAGUGAGCUCUACAA